GCGGUCAGUCAGGCGGUCGGUGGCUCGGUCGGUCGGUCGGUGGGUCGGUAAGGGGCUUGGCCGCCCGCCCGCCCGGUGAGGCAGCUGGCCCGGCCCGCCUCGCUCGCCCGGCGGUGCUCCGAGGCGCCGGGGCCGGCCUGGCCAGGUGCUGCCGCCUCCUGAGGGGAGCGCGGCGGGGCGGCCCGGCCCGUCCGCCGCUCCCCUGCGGGCCCAGCGGUGCUUGUAACCCCUCCGCCCGGUUUCGCCGUGGUUCUGCUUCUCCCUGUCCCGCGCACUGUUGCCGCGUCCCUCCGGGAACACGGAAUCGGAGGGCACUUGAUAGUGUUGCAUUCUUAGCUGGUGCAACUUUUUCCUCCACUAAAUCUAAAUAAUGCUGUUGAGGAGUGGUUUAAGAAGUACAGCUUUUGUCAUCAGUAACACCCUGCAACCAACAAGAAAGGAGACCUGUUUGCAACACCUCAAAACAACUCUCAAUAAAAUCAUUAAAAUCAAACAGAUUGGGACUGAUGGCAAAGAGCGGGACGGUUUGAGCUGCCUGGUUGUUCUGGCUGUGCUAGAUCCUCUUGCAUAGCCUAUGGCUGGUGAUGCUGUGAUCUGGAUGUGCCUUCAGCUGCAGCAGCUACACUCUCCAUGGUGCUGCAUCUCCUGAGUGCCACCAAGACCCAGGACAUCAGUCUGCAUUGAGAGAUUGCAAGAAGACCCUCCUGUGGGUGUCAGUGGUGCACCAUCUGAGAAUAACAUCAUGCAAUGGAAUGCAGUUAUAUUUGGGCCAGAAGGAACACCUUUUGAAGAUGGUACUUUUAAACUAGUAAUAGAAUUUUCAGAAGAAUAUCCAAAUAAGCCUCCAACCGUUAGGUUUUUAUCAAAAAUGUUCCAUCCAAAUGUUUAUGCAGAUGGCAGCAUAUGUUUAGAUAUUCUACAGAAUCGCUGGAGUCCAACAUACGAUGUUUCCUCGAUUUUAACUUCAAUUCAGUCUCUGCUGGAUGAACCGAACCCCAACAGCCCAGCCAACAGUCAGGCAGCACAGCUCUACCAGGAGAACAAGCGGGAAUACGAGAAGAGAGUUUCAGCCAUUGUUGAACAGAGUUGGAACGACUCGUAACAGCUGCUCUGUGACUCCCCAUCCUCCUCCUCAUCAUCAUGUACCAUUUAACCCUCAAUAAGAAAGGCUACCCGAAAUUUCAAGUGCCACAGUUCUAAGAAUUUGCAUAAAAACUCAUUUGCAACCAAAAUUAAGCCCUCCAGUUUAGGAAACUUAAAAGCUUGUGUAUCUUGAUUAACGUACUUUUUAUUGCAUGGUAUGAACUAAGUUAUUGCUGCAUAAAUUUGUAAUAUAUCCUGUUUGUAUUUUUUUUGUUCCAAGUGUAUAAUGUUGGUGUGGAGUUUUCAUGACAGAAUAUACACAUUUUGUAAAUCUGUACUUUUUCAAAUAUUGGAUGCCUUAUUUUUGAAUUCUUUAGAUUUUUAAAUUGGAGAAAAGCACUUAAAGUUUUUAUAUAUAAAUAUUUCAUGUAAACUGUUAAAUACAUAACCUUAGUGUAAGACA